AUGCUUGAUCUUAUCACUAAGAAAAUAAGUAAAGCAGAGAUUGAUGCCAUUGCAGUGUGUAAUAGUUGUCGCAUGGUUCUAAAUUCAUACGAAGACAAAGAUCUGGUUCAGAACAUUGAGAAAGUCAUUGAAGAAGCAAUACAACAUGAUCACGAGUCCUCAGAAAGUACCAUAAUCGAGACUGAUAAUUUUUCAUGUCCCAAUGAAGUGCCUAUGACGCCAAAAGAUAUAGUAACAAUCAAAGAAGACCUUUCUGCUAUAAAAUUGCAAAGCACAGCUUCAUCAGUUGGGAUACCAACUUACCAGGUGCUUGACGAACACAAAAUACACUCGACUGGCAAGAACUACUCCUUGUCUGGAAAAACAAAGGACACACCAAAAUCUAAGAAGAGCUCCACAAAGGCCCAGAAGAAGUCGAUUUCCCUUUUUGUUUUAUACCAAGGCUCAUAUAUAUGA